AUGGAUAUCGAAGACAUUGUUGGUAGAGAUCUACUCGGAGACAGAGAUGGCUCUGAAAUCAAAAUACGGUAAGACCAGCCCGUCUAAUCCUUUUUCUGAUCCUUCCCUUUCAGCACUCGUAAGCAGCUUCCGAAGCAGGCACAUGAAGAAGCCAACGUAGACUCAGUCGUUCCCGGAGUCGGCCAGAAAGUGUGGGUUCGAACAUGGGGGUGCUCUCAUAACACAUCGGACAGCGAAUACAUGAGCGGACUGCUUAGAAAAGCUGGUUAUGACAUCAUGAAGGAGGGAGAGCAUGCUGAUGUCUGGGUGCUGAACAGUUGUACUGUCAAAACUCCAUCCGAGCAGCAGGCGAACAAUCUGGUUGUUCAAGGCCAGAAAGCCGGAAAGAAAAUUAUUAUGGCCGGAUGUGUCUCCCAGGCAGCUCCUUCUGAACCUUGGCUACAAAACGUUUCAAUUGUUGGAGUGAAACAGAUUGACCGAAUUGUUGAGGUUGUUGGGGAGAGUUUGAAAGGAAACAAGGUUCGUCUGCUGUCUCGUAAUCGACCGGAUGCUCUGCUUAGUCUUCCGAAAAUGCGGAAGAACGAGCUCAUUGAAGUUCUUUCCAUCUCAACUGGAUGUCUCAACAAUUGCACGUAUUGCAAAACAAAAAUGGCGAGAGGAGACCUGGUCAGCUACCCACUUGAGGAACUGGUAGAACAAGCAAGAGCCGCAUUCCAUGAUGAAGGAGUUAAGGAAUUGUGGUUGACUUCAGAAGAUCUGGGAGCCUGGGGUAGAGAUAUCGGUUUGCUUCUUCCGGACUUGUUGAAGGAAUUGGUGAAAGUUAUUCCCGAUGGAAGUAUGAUGAGGCUUGGAAUGACAAACCCUCCAUAUAUUCUGGAUCAUCUUGAGGUAGAUCCGCUCUUUUUUUUAAACAUUAAGCGAAAAUUGCAGGAAAUUGCGGAAAUCCUCAACCAUCCGAAAGUUUACGCCUUCCUGCACAUUCCGGUACAAAGCGCAAGUGAUGCAGUUUUAAACGACAUGAAAAGAGAGUACUCGAGACGACACUUCGAACAAAUUGCAGAUUAUAUGAUUGAAAAGUUUAAUAUUUUAUUUUAUUUUGAUAGAAAACGUAACUUUCAGUGUUCCGAAUAUUUACAUUGCCACGGAUAUGAUUUUGGCAUUCCCAACGGAAACUCAGGAAGACUUCGAGGAAAGUAUGGAUCUUGUGAGAAAAUACAAGUUUCCAUCACUGUUCAUCAAUCAGUACUACCCAAGAAGUGGCACUCCCGCGGCUCGUUUGAAGAAAAUUGAUACCGUGGAAGCUAGGAAAAGGACUGCUGCCAUGUCAGAAUUGUUCAGGUCGUAUACUCGCUUCUCAGAAGAUCGAAUUGGAGAAGUUCAUCGAGUUCUGGUGACUGAAGUUGCUGCAGGUUGGCGCUAUCCGUUCAUACCGGACUUCUGUAUUCCAAAUUUUCAGAUAAGUGUCACGGAGUUGGUCACAACAAGAGCUACGAGCAGAUACUGGUGCCACUGGAAAGCUGCACAAUGGGAGAGUGGAUUGACGUUACGAUCGUCGCCGUGACCAAGUUCAGCAUGAUCUCGACACCAAUAAGCGACAACGUGCAGCUGCUCAAAUCUGAAUCCCCAGACUAUAUGUUCUUCUACCCAAUGACGGUCUUCCUCCUUUCUCUCAUUACUAUGUACUUGUUCGACAAGUUUUUAUUCCCCGGCUUUCUCGACGAAUGGCUCCCAUUCCCCAUGUACACAUCUGAUACUUCUGAUGUGACCCAUGAGCUCUGGACAGCCAUUGAAGAUGAAGACGGAAUCGUCUACUAUGAAUAA